GUAUGAUCUUGACCACUGCUCCUCCAUAAUUACUCCCCAUUUUAUAUUCUUUGUCGUCAUCCUCUUCCCCUUCACCACAUUUUCUCUCCUCCUAACAGAUAGUCUCUGAUCUUUUGGACUCCAAAUUCCGAUUUCAGGUCCGAUGGAGCCACCCGAGCACGACGCCGUAGCUCACGGUUCCGCCGAGGAGAUCAUCCUCCGGUGGGACUCCACUGCGUCGGAAGCAGGUGCCAGAGAGAGGAUGAUCUUCAGCGGAGACCGCGAUGAGGUCGCCCAAUACUUGCGCGCCGUCGAUGAACUCCAAAGCUCCAUGGAAUCGGCCUGCUCGCUCUCCGAUGGCCAGAGCAAAGGCGACGGAGCGAUCCAGAUCGCCAUGGCUCGGCUCGAGGACGAGUUCCGAAGCAUCCUCAUCGCUCACACCAGCCCUGUUGAAUCUGAGUUGCUGCUCGAGUCUAGGAGCUCUACCUCUUCCAGAAUCAGCUGUAGCUCCAGGAGCAGCUGCAACGGGAUGAGCUCGGGAGAGCAAGAGCUCAGGAGCUUCGAUUUUGGAGAUGAGAGCUCGAUGUGCGAUGAGCUAGAGCCUCUGGAGAGCAGGAUGAGCAGCAACAGUUACCGAUCGUCGAGUAGCAUCAGAGAAAUCGACCUCUUGCCGCCAGAUGCAGUCCAGGACCUCAGAAGCAUCGCCGAGAGGAUGAUUUCCGCAGGAUAUCUGCGUGAGUGCAUCCAGGUGUACGGCAGUGUCCGGAAGUCGGCGAUAGACGCUAGCUUCAGGAAGCUUGGUAUAGAGAAGCUGAGCAUUGGCGAUGUCCAGAGGAUGCAAUGGGACGCUCUUGAAGUGAAGAUCCGUAACUGGAUACGUUCCGCCAAAUUGUGCGUCUGUAUACUCUUCGCCAGUGAGAAGAAGCUCUGCGAGCAAAUAUUCUCUGGAUUAGAUACAUCAGCGGAAGACGCUUGCUUCUCGGAGACUAUCAAAGGUCCGGCUAUUCAGCUUUUCAAUUUCGCAGAAGCUAUUAGUAUUAGCAAGCGAUCUCCAGAGAAACUGUUUAAGAUUUUGGAUCUACACGAUGCUUUAUCGGAGUUAAUGUUUGAUAUAGAAUUCGUUUUUGAAUCAAAGAACACGCAGUCAAUUAGGGUUCAGGCAAGUGAAAUGUUGUCCAGGUUAGGAGAGGCAAUAAGAGGGAUACUUUCUGAAUUUGAAAACGCAGUUCUUCGGGAGCCUUCAAGAGUUCCAGUCCCAGGAGGGACCAUUCAUCCAUUGACAAGGUAUGUGAUGAAUUACAUCAGUUUGAUCGCUGAUUACAAACGCACUUUGGAUGAACUGAUCAUCUCGAAUCCUGCAACUGGUUCAAGAGAUACAAAUGACCCAAACACACCUGAUAUGGAUUUCACCGAAGUAGAUGGAAAUGGAAAACCCCCUCUGUCCCUUCACUUAAUUUGGAUAAUCGUUGUCUUACAAUUCAACUUAGAAGAGAAAUCUAAGCACUACAAAGAAACUUCAUUGGCACAUCUCUUCAUGAUGAACAAUUUGCAUUACAUUGUCAAGAAGAUCAAAGGGUCACCUGAGCUAAGAGAGAUGACUGGGGAUCAUUACUUGAAGAAGUUAACUGGGGGGUACUUGCAAGCGGCUAUGAAUUACCAGAGGUCGACAUGGGUGAAGGUUUUGUAUUGUUUAAGAGAUGAAGGAUUGCACACUGGUAGCUUUUCAUCAGGGGUAUCAAAGACUGCAUUGAGAGAGAGGUUUAAGAGCUUCAAUGGUAUGUUCGAAGAGGUUCAUCGGACACAGGCAAGUUGGUUGAUACCAGACGCUCAGCUUCGCGAAGAGCUAAGGAUAUCCAUGUCGGAAAGGUUGAUACCUGCUUAUAGAUCAUUUCUUGGACGGUAUAGGAGUCACAUUGAGAGCGGGAGGCACCCGGAGAAUUACAUCAAGUACUCAGUUGAGGAUCUUGAGAAUGCUAUUCUCGAUUUCUUUGAGGGAAUCCAUGUCUCACAGUUCUUGAAGAGGGCAUCUCACUAGCUAGGGGAGGGGGAGGGGGGAUUUGGUAUGUGAGUUUUAUUCUAUUUAUUUCUAUUGUUCUCUUUAUUAUCAAUUAAGGAGUAGAAUCUAGGGAAAAAUUCUUUGAUUCUUUGUGGAGUGUGCAGGAGAAUAAGGCAUUUCAGCGAGUUUCAAAAGAUGUUUGAAGGGAUUGUUUAUUGUAUUUGUAUGAAUGAAUGAACUUUGAACUGAAGAAUGAUGACGUGUGAAGGCAUAGCUUCUGUUCUCCCGUCUGAGUUCGUGAAAAAGGUGCUCCAGUUUUUUCAAUGUUAUACUUUUAGUUGUCAUUUCACCUUUAUUUGUUCUUUUUGGGCAUGUGAAGAUGUUGUACAGUUGUAUCCAGUAUUAGUCAACUGAAUGGAAGUCAUAAAUAAUAUUGGAGCAAUGUAUUCCAUCCGUGGAAAUAUCUGGUUAUGUUUUUCAGUCUGUUUUGUAAGACUUAAAUCAGAUGGGAGGGACAAAGUUUGCUAAAGUUUUGACUCAAACACUUGAAUUAUCAUCAAACUAGUUUAAAAACUGUAUCUUUAAUUAGAGAAUUGAUAAUAUCUAGAAAUAUGAAGAUAGAUAUGGAAAACAUGCAUUACUUUUGUCGUUUUUAGUUUUUUCAGCCAUCCCAUUGAAAUUAAUUGCUUAUCGGUGGGAAAAGGAGUUGGUCUUUUGUGAUAGAUCCGACUCAGGAAAGAAAAAAGAGGGUUCACCUAACUAGCUACUCCGCAUUAAUUUGUGAAGGUGGCGAUUUUGACUUUCGAAUAGUUUGCGUUUCAAUCCAUCAAACUGUCGUUGUAAUUCACUUUUACAGGUCAAUAUGAGCAGGCUGCGUUUAACGUGGAACUACGGCAAGUAGAAAUGGUUACAGGGUUGGGCAGUCAUUUUUGGCUUAUCACUUAUGAAUGAGCAUUUUUAUCGACACCUAUUUCUUUUUUUUUUUCUUCGCACAAUUAGGAGGUCGUUUGACAACACUGUUUUUCGUCUUAUCAACCAUCUUUUUCACCAAACAUGUAACUUUUGCUUUCGCGUGCUGAAUUGUGUAAUAAGCAGAAAAAGUAAGGUUGUAAUUACUUUUCUGGCUGUAUUGGCUGAGGUUACUGUAGAUGAUCAUUUUAGUUAUCUGUACAUAUAAUUUUUUCUUUAUUUUAUUAAUAAAAUAUAUUUUAAUUUUUUUUUUAAAUCAGCAGAAUCAGCCAAUGCAGCCACUUCAGCCAGAACUUCAUAAGUUUCAGCAGAAUCAACCAAAACAGCUGAUUUUCGUGCUACCAAACGGGCUCUAGGUCACUAUACUUCAAAAUUUGGUCAUCAUACUUCAAAUCGACCAAUUACACCCUCAAACUGUUUAAAAAAAGUCAAUUGACCUUUUUAGUAGAGUCUUCUUCUUCUUUUGAGAAGUGCUCACAUGCGAUCGCACCCCCUUGUCGAGCAUGGAAUCUCGUGGCACCGUACUCACAGCCUUCUGCGAGAAACUGGCGCCUUCACCUGUCGGAUUUUACCACCAGUUGCAGCUUCGACUCGGCGCUCACAAUCAUCUUCUUCUAUUGCACGCCGAUGAUUUACCAAAGCCUCUCCAAAUCUGCUCCAAUUCUUCACUUGAUUUUCGCCAGCCAAAGCAUUUAGUUCUGAACGAAUUUGCUCUGUGUCCAGGUGAAACCUUUGACGGAGCUCCUGUCAUUCCGGCGACUAGAACCCUAGUUGGUUGUCUGGGCAGCCUCUCCAAGCAGAAACUCCACACACAAUUCACAACAAGGUAUAAGUCUGGAAAGAUUUAGAGUUACGAGCAGACCAAACUAUGUAUAUAUCCACGCUGAUUUCUCUUGGUUAAUUCUCCACCGCCGUCGAGACAUCCUGAUUCAACCUUCGCCUCAAUUAUCGUCCUUCUGCUUCAGUUUCCGUCCUCAUAUCUUGAAUUUGAUACAAAGCAGAAGAGAGGGCACUAUACGAAGAUGGAAGCUUAAUAGAAAGUGUUUUUGGCUUGUUACAAAGUAAACGAUGACAACAAAUAAGUAUUUUGGUGAUACGAAGACUGAAAUAUCUUUUCUCUUCAAAUUAAUUUCAUUUAUCUGAGAAUAUGAGAUGUAUAUAUAUGUGGGUCACCAGACUGGCAGUCCACGUAUGAACUUAGCCGGCAAACUUGGUGUUUACGUACUGAACUGUGCAA